UUUUCAUUCAAUUUUAAAUAAAAAUUAAAUCUUGACAGACCCCAUUUUCCGUGUUUUCAGUUAAUUUGGAAAAAUAUAUAAAAGGGAGAUUUCAUUUUCUGCUGAAUAGAUAUCUGCUCUCUCUAUUCUGUGGCUUUGAAGAUGCAGACCACUCCAGAAAAGUUGAACGUACGUGUAAAAUAGGAUUGGUUGAUUUUGGCUUUCUGCAACUCAAGUGGGGGAUUUGGCUUUUAUCUAUCGGGGCUGCUUUCUUUUUGGUGAUAGAGCUGGGAUUUUUAGUGAUUUUGUUUUGUCGUCGGAGCAGCAGUUUGAUGCCGGUGAUUCAGGUUUCUGUCUAGUGGGAUUGCAUUGGAUUGGAAAUUGUUUACUGGGAUCACUGCAAGAUUUGAUUUUGGAGCAGGUAAAUUGUGAUUCUUGUUUAAAUUUCUGUGUUUGUGAGUGCUCCGACCAAGUAUUUGACUAUCUGUGUUAUUUUGAUUUCUUGAAAUCGUUCUUGUUUUAGUGUGCAUUGUUGAUUGUUGAUUACUUUAUUGUUGUGUUAUGGUAAAUAGUUGAGUGGAUAUGCUGGUUUUGAUUUGGAAGGAAUGGUAGGAUAUGAUUGGUGAUAUGUCAUCUGCAUCUCCUUCCCCAAAUUCAUCUCCCCCUCCGCCCUCCUCUGCUCCUUCUCCACCAUCACUACCACCUCAGCCCAGUUCACCUCCGCCGAGUCCUCCUCUUGCACCGCCACCUGCCUCACCACUACCGCCAUCCUCUCCUCCUUCUCCGCCCAAUGCUCCACCUCCUCCGGCAAAUGCUCCUCCUCCUCCUCCGGAAACAUCACCUCCACCAGUCAAUGCACCUCCUCCAUCAACUCCACCUCCUCCAACUUCCUCUCCGCCUCCACCUGAUCCACCACCAACUAGUCCUAUUACGCCACCUCCCUCGACUAAUUCGCCCCCGCACCCACCCCCACCAGCACCCGUAAAUAGUUCCCCACCUCCACCAUCAACUUCACCACCGAGAAAUUCUCCUCCUACGCGUCCGCCUCCUAAUACUUCGCCCCCACCAUCAUCACGUAACCCUCCUCCACCACGGUCAAAUAGACCUUCCCAAGAUUCACCACCACCACCAGUCGUGCCACCCGGUAACCCUUCCCCUUCCCCAGUACCGCCUCAGUCUCCACCACGCCCAAAUUCUCCUCCAAGACCACUGCCACGGCCGUCAAUAGGAACAUCACCACCUCCUUCCACAGCCUCACCAACUCCAUCUCUGAAUCCACCAGGUGAUACCAACUCCAAUGAUACGUCACAACCCUCAAGUGGUGGUGGCCUUGACACCGGCGCCAAAGUUGCAAUUGGCGUGGGUAGCCUAUUUCUUGUGAUACUUGGUCUUGGACUUGCAAUCUGGUGUUGCUGGAAGCGAACGAGAAGGGCUUCUGGCCGUAAUGGUGGUUACAUCAAGGCAACCUCAAAUUCUUCUCCACAAUCCGGUAAUGGAUUACAUAGAGUACAAGUAACGCCAAAUAAUGGAAGUGGUUCUGGAAAUCACUCUAUGCGUACACCACAUGAGCGUGGUUUGGGGAACUCAAGGUUGUUGUUCACCUACGAACAACUAGUUGAUGCCAGUAAUGGAUUUUCAGACCAGAAUCUCUUGGGCCAAGGUGGUUUUGGUUUUGUGUACAAAGGAACUCUCGCAGAUGGUAAAGUAGUAGCUAUUAAGCUAUUAAGGAUCGGUGGAGGGCAGGGGGAACGGGAAUUCACCUCCGAAGUUGAGAUAAUUAGCCGUAUACACCACCGUCAUUUGGUCUCACUUGUAGGUUAUUGCAUUUCUGGGGAAAGAAGAGUGCUUGUAUUAGAUUAUCUUCCUAACAAUACCCUCUACUUCCAUCUUCAUGCUGAAGGCCGGCCUGUCUUGGAAUGGGGUACACGUGUGAAGAUUGCUAUUGGGGCAGCUCGUGGGAUAGCUUACCUUCACGAAGACUGUCAACCUCGUAUUAUCCAUAGAGAUAUCAAGUCAUCAAAUAUCCUUCUGGACAAAAACUUUGAAGCUCGGGUUUCUGAUUUCGGACUAGCUAAAUUAGCUAUGGAUACGAAUACACAUGUCACCACACGCGUAAUGGGGACUUUUGGAUACAUGGCUCCUGAGUAUGCAUCCAGUGGCAAGUUGACAGAAAAAUCUGAUGUGUAUUCCUUUGGAGUUGUACUCCUAGAGUUGAUAACUGGACGAAAGCCUGUAGACACAUCUCAGCCCCUAGGGGAUGAGAGUCUCGUUGAAUGGGCACGGCCUUUAUUAAGUCACGCGGUCGAGACAGAUGAAGUUGGGGGACUAGCAGAUCCUAGAUUAGCCGGGAAUUUUGUUGCUGGCGAGAUGUUCCGACUAAUUCAAGCUGCAGCAGCUUGUGUUCGCCAUUCAUCCACAAAGAGGCCCACAAUGGGACAGGUUGUGAGGGCUUUCGACAACAUGGUCACCUCAGAUUUGACAAAUGGGAUGAGAGUCGGGGAAAGUGAAAUAUUCAACUCUGCUGAACAAUCUGAAGAGAUCAGAUUGUUUCGGAGGAUGGCAUUUGGAAGUCAAGAAUUUAGUACUGAUUUCUUCAGUCAAAACAGAGGGAGCAGCGAACACAACCGGCAAAGUGGCCAGAGAGAUUGAUG